AUGACCAGUCAUAUGUUUGGGAAGAUUAGAAAGAUUGGAACCUCCAUGGUAGGAGGGGUAGUGGCUACUCUGUGUUAUGGAAUUUUAACAGAGAAUGGACGUAUCCAAAAGACCUAUCCAAACCAACGAGGAAUUUACGUUUCUACACCAGAGAAAUUCAAGGAAAUUUUAAAGGAAAAUGUAAGGAACAUGUUUAGAAACCUAAAUAAAUCUGAUCUACUAUUAAGGAAUGGAGAUUUGGUCUUUAUAAGAUAUAACUUGAACAAACUUGGUCGAUUUGAUAGAUAUAGGUUAAUAUUAUCACGUAGGUUUUCAAUGAACCGUAUCUAUGACGACCUUGGUAUUGUAUAUAGUAAGGGUAAUGAUUUAUUUAUCAUUCUAUUACCUUCAAUAAAUUUAAAGUCCAGUCAAGAAUUAGAGGAGUUUGGAAUUAAGAAGGAACAAUCAAAUGGAGUUAUUGCUGUAGAGUAUGAUGAUUUGAUAGAAGAAAACUGUCCACACUUACUGUCUAUACGUAGACUUAUUUGUUCCGAUUCUGUACGUGAAAGGGUUAUGGAUUCUCUAAAAUCAGCCGUUACAGAGUUAGAAUCAUCCAUAAAUUCCAAUAUUAUGUCGGUUUUUAAUAAUAGAAAUGAUCCAACCGUAUUUGGAAUUACUUGUUCAACAUUUUCUGAUACUCUCACCUCGUUGGAUGAAUUAAAAUUUACAAAGAAAUCGCUGGAACUAAAUUCAAUCACAGUAUUGAACGCUCUAUUCUCCGAAAAUGACUUUGAUUCCAGGAAAUAUUUGACAAAGCAAAAGUCCAACGAAAAAUACAAUCUGGUCAUUGAACCAAAAGAAGCAAUUAGGCAUAUCGAUAAUUUGAUAUCCUUGGAAAAUCUGAUAAAGGUUUGCGAAAAAGAGGCAAACAACCACAAUAUGAAACUUGGCAGGUUCCUAAAGAGGGCAGAAUUUGGAAAGGAUAUUGCCAAAGCCAACACCUUGAGCACUGAAACAAGUUUGGUGUCACGAGUAUACGCAAAAUCAUGUCUACUCCCCUUUAGAGAGGAACUUGGAAUGUUUAAUAUAACCCAUUACUUACAGUUAGACGCUCUUUGUGACCUUGACUCAGAAUCAAGGAGUCUCAGCAACACUUCUCGACUUUCAUCACUCUUCCACGCCUUUACCGGAGAAAUCAAUGAGGAAAGAUUGAAAAAUUUAGAAUAUGAACCCCUUUGCAACAGCCUAGAAUAUUAUUACUGGACAAAUAGUCUCUAA